AUGCCCGCAGGUUGGAACAUCAAGGGCACAAAAUCCGAACCAACUGCUGCACCACGGGCGACAGAGAUGCGAGUCACUGCGCGGAACCCAACGUCUCUCAUCACCUUGAAAUGCAGUGCUCCGUACCAAGUCAAGGGUCGUUGUACACAGGCAACCUCAGUUGCCUAUCUUGCUUCCACCGAAUGUAAAUCAAACGAGCAGCCAGGCUGCCUUUAG